CGGCGGGAAUGAGGUAGAGGCGGGGGCGGGGCAGCGCGAGCGCGGCAGGAAGCGGAGGCUAGUGCGGCCGGCAGCAGCGCCAGCCCCAUGGCCGACACCAAGGAUACACAUGAGGAGCAUGACACCUCAACUGAAAAUGCAGAUGAUUCUAACCAUGAUCCUCAGUUUGAGCCUAUAGUUUCUCUUCCUGAGCAAGAGAUCAAGACUCUUGAGGAGGAUGAGGAAGAGCUCUUUAAGAUGCGAGCAAAGUUGUUUCGAUUUGCAUCAGAAAAUGACCUUCCAGAGUGGAAAGAACGAGGAACUGGUGAUGUAAAGCUCCUGAAACACAAGGAGAAAGGAACAAUUCGCCUCCUCAUGAGAAGAGACAAAACCCUAAAAAUCUGUGCAAAUCAUUACAUUACACCUUUAAUGGAGUUGAAGCCUAAUGCUGGAAGUGACAGGGCAUGGGUUUGGAAUACACAUGCUGACUUCGCAGAUGAAAGCCCUAAACCUGAACUCCUGGCAAUCCGAUUUUUAAAUGCAGAAAAUGCACAGAAAUUCAAGGCAAAAUUUGAAGAAUGCAGGAAUGAGGUAGAUAAGAGGGCAAAGAAGGCAGGCACAGACAAAGACAAUAGUGCUGAAAAAGUUGCUGCGAAAUUAGAAGAGCUUUCUGUAAAGGAAGAGAGCAAAGCAGCUGAGAAGAAAGAGACCAAGGAAAAAACUGGAGAAAAGCAAUAAAUCAUCUUGGGCCUUGCAGUUUUUUCCCUUUCUUUUUCUUUAUUUUUUUUUUUUAUUUUUACAAGGGACUUUAUAAAGAACUGAAUUCUGACAUUCAAGUUGUUUUUUUCUAAGCUUUUGCCCUUUUGAAGAUGCUUUGAGAAAAUCCAUUUCCCAGUCAUGAAAAUGUACUGUGCUAACUUUCUUUUCCAUAGUGGAAACACUUAUUUAUAGUCAUCCAAAAGAGUGAAUAAAACAAACUUGAAAACAGCAUUAAAGGACAGAACUGAGUUUUCUAUAUGCUUCAAAGGCUUAUGACUACAACUCUUACACUGGGUGUUACAUUUUGAAACUUGUAUCUUCAUAAAUGAUGUAAUUAGAUUAAGUGAAUUUUACCAACUGAAAAGAUAAAAAUUACAUAGGUGUUCUUGUAUGGUAUUUGGAUGAUGACUGCUAACAAACUUAAGCAAAUUGCUUAUACCAGACUUCCUUCUCUUCUUCCCCUGUCUUUAUCCUUAUGAAAGAUUACUAGGAAACUAAUCUUAAAGGCCUAAUGGCUUUCAGAAGCUUUUUGUGCAUUAAAAGUGCAACUUCUUCCUCUACCAGUCUACUGUAAGUUGGUGUACUGUCUCUUCACUCAAGUUUUUAUAUUAACAUUGAUAGGGAUAAAUCUAAAUCUUUCUAGCAGUUUGCUAGAAUAUGCCCUAUUUGUUAUCAUAUACUUCAGCUAUCACUUCCUGAAUUUCACAUUAAUCUCUUGGCUGUUCAGAACUUCUCUCACAUUAACAAAUUCCAUGGGUUGUGGAAUUAUAAAAUGCCUGGUGAAAGCUGUUUUCCUUAGAGUGAGGAAGUCCUAAUGCAAAUUAGAAAAAAAAUGAAAUGUAAACAUGCAAGCUGAAACUUAAUGGUGGUUCACAUUUGACAUGAUUCUGUGGCACUCCCCAAAAUGGUAAUAAGUAUUUUAGUGAAAGUUCCUCCCUUAGUGAAGCCAGUGUUCAUUUCCUGCUUGAGAAUUAGAAAACUAGGCUGCAGUGGGCACUGCAGCCAUCACUAUCAAAGAAAUUCUCUUUGAAUACUAUUUGAGUCAGUAUCUUAAACAUUUCUUUGUGUUGACAUUGUGUCCUAUCCUUGAAGUGGAGCUAAGUACAAAGAUUAGAUGAAUUUUACUUUGCAACUUGAAGUGUGAUGACAAAAUAACCAGCAAUGUAAUUAACUGAUCUUGGCAAAGAGGUCUGAAAAGCCUUCUGACUUUCUUUGCCUAGAUUUCUUAACUUACAAAUUCAUAUUCUUAAGGACCUAUUAUACUGUAAAGCAGGGGUAUCAGAUUUAUUUGAUGCCCCCCACACACCCCCAGGCCAGAUCUGGAUCCCCCCCUCCCAAUUCUGCUGGUCCUUCCAGAAGCCCUGUUAGCCACAUGUUUGACACCCCUGAUAUUAAGCGCUUAUCUUCUGUUCAUGCUAGCACUGAUUUUAUGUUCUAGUAAAUUACUCUUUACGCUGGAACUACAAACAAGGUGCUCUGCUUUAUAGUAAAUACCUCUUAGAUGUAGUUAGAGUUCACUUUUUUUUUCCCAGUUGCUUCACUAGAUUUUUCAGACUUUUUCACACGUAUUAUCUGGUGCAGGAGUUGUCCUUUUUAGUCCGCAGACAUAAUUGAGAGGGGGAAGGAUCAAAUGCUUUGUUCUCUAGGACACUUACAAAUUGUAAACUGAAUGUUCCAACUGUCUCCUCAAAAUGUCAACGGUAUGCUUGGUAUUUCCAUGUUCUUUAAAAUAGCAUUGUCUAUAGGCUGUUUUCAAAUAUUUAAUUUCCUGCCAUCUAAAUGUAAAUGCCAAAACUGUAUCCAUGAAGAACACUGUAGAUCUAAAUUGAUAAUGUUAAGCAGUGUGUUUUAAAUUGGGCAAGCAGAGGCUGGAGUUUAAGUAUCUAAUUUCAAAAUAAAUUUAACUUUAAACUUUGAUUAAAUGAUUUGAGCUUUUUGUUUGUUUGUUUUUAAGCUCACUGUUAUGUUGGUAAUGUAAAUGCAGUAGGCUUGUGUCCUUUGCCUACUGUAGAAAAAUAAGUAGAAAAAAGCAGAAAACUAAGAGGGGCCAUUCCAGUUUUGCAAGUCAGGUUGACUGACACAGAAGAAAAACCUGCAAAUUGUAUUUGGAUUAAUACUUGGAUCAAGGUAUUUAGAUAUUGACAACGAACUCCAAUUGAAUUGUUUCUUUUUAAUUUAUACAUGUGUGCUUAUUGUAACUGUCUCUUGAUAUUUGUCUUUCUAUUCAGAUAGUGAUCCAUGUUUAAAUGGGUCAUUUUCAUCUCUAGUAUAGUUAUUGACUGACUUAGGGAUGCAUUUGGCCUCCAGUCUUUUGCCUGGUGCUUAUGGCUUAUUAAUUUCCUUGUCACUUUCUGAGUAGAAUUUAUGUAGAAAAGCAGUCUAGUGAAGUUGUCUUGGUCUAUAACAAAACUGAAGCUUUGCCAAUCAAUGUUUUGACUUGGAAAGAUUCUAUAUAGAUUGCUUCCCUAUAUUUGGAAAAAAAAAAGUAUUUUAAAAACUGUAUAUUAACACAAUAAACUGCUCCUUGUGUCA